CUUCCUUUUAACAAUCUUUUAUAUACUACAUACUAUAUAUACGUCUAUACGUGCAUUGGAGUUAUUGUAAAUAUCAAAUACUGCCCAAUUUGUGUUUGUGUUUUUGAGAGGAAAAAAAUGGGAAGAGCGCCAUGUUGUGAGAAAGUAGGGUUGAAGAGGGGAAGGUGGACUGCCCAAGAAGACGAGAUACUAUCCAAUUACAUCCAAGCUCAUGGCGAAGGCUGUUGGCGUUCUUUACCCAAAAAUGCUGGAUUGUUGAGGUGUGGCAAGAGUUGCAGGCUGAGGUGGAUCAACUAUUUGAGAUCUGAUGUAAGGAGAGGAAAUAUAUCAAAGGAGGAAGAAGAUGUCAUAACUAGGCUACAUGUAUCUUUAGGUAACAGGUGGUCUUUGAUAGCUGCCCACUUGCCUGGGCGAACAGACAACGAAAUCAAAAACUACUGGAACUCCCACCUCAGCCGGAAAAUUAUCCCUUCAAGAAAGUUGUCAAACUCCCUGCCAAUGCGAAUCCCAUCUGACCUACCAUCACACAACUUCAACAAACGCAAAGGAAGAACAAGUCGGUCCACCAUGAAGAUCAACGAAACUUAUAGAUCCUCGUCAAGUAAUACUAGUGCCAAUGACCAUAAGGUUGUUCUUGCUGCGACUUCAUCAAAGGUGCAACGGGAACUACCUAUAAAACAACAAACCAAGUUUGUCAAUAGUCAGAUUCCCAAAUCACCAUUGACACCGCAUGCAGAUAAAGAAAGCGACUAUUACGUGGACCCUAGUGCCGCUAGCUAUCACCGGUACUCAAAGGAUGGACAAACCAUGGACUAUUGGCCUGAGGAUGUGGAAAGGCAUGAAAGCGGAGAUGAGGUGGUUUAUGAGGAUAUCCUUAGCUUUAUUGACGUUAAGGAUAAAGACGGGUUAAUGAAUCCGAAUGGGGUUUUGUCAACAGAGGAGGAAACAGAAAAAGAUAGAGUCUUGAUGGAUGUUGCCAUUGGUGAGGAAGAAACACCAAAUGGAAGUGAUUCCAUGAAAACCGUAAUUGGUGGAAACGAAAGAAACAAUAUUGCUUCCAUAGGAAGCGAAAAUAUGGAAGUUGGUGGUACAGCAAGCUCAUCAACAGAUUCAUGUAACACGGGUGAUUGGGAUUGGAAUUGGGAUUUUGAUGUUGAAGAAGGAAUAGUAGGGUUCGGGGGUGAGGAAGAAGACAACAUUUUGACAUGGCCAUGGGAAGGCACAAGAACAUAUGAAGGGACCAUGGAAGGUGAUUUUGUAGGGAUGCAUGCAUGGCUUUUCUCUUAAACAAGUUAUCUUUUGUUGGCCUAUGAACUGUCAUGUUGAAAUGCCCCCUCGAUGGUAUGGCUCAUAUUGCUAAUGAUGAAUUCAAAAAUUAAGUAUA